CCGUUCGUGCGACUUGGCAUCCUUCUUCUUUCUUUCAUUCUUUACUCUUUGAUAGAGGCUCGACAAGUUAUCGCCAUGCCGUUCCUCGUCACGCGUUUGAUCAACGUCACCGGCGUGUUCCUCUACCCCGCCUACGCGUCCUACAAGGCGCUCCAGGCGCGUCCCCAGUCCAGCCCCGAAGCGCAGGCCGCCGUCGAGCGCUGGCUGCAGUACUGGGCCGUCGUGGGCGCGUGGGCUACGAUCGAGGGGGCUGUUGGGUUCCUAUGGUCUUGGAUCCCCUUCUACACGAUCAUCAAGACCCUCGUCUUCCUCUACCUCACCCUGCCGUCCACCUACGCCGCGCCGUACGUCUACCGCACCUUCCUUGCGCCCCUGUUCGCCGAGCACGAGCCGGCCAUCGACGCAUUCCUGGGGGACAUUCGGGCCAAGACGACCGGCGCCGCGGGUGGGACGGUCGGGUGGUUGUGGGAGACGGUGCGGAAGGCGCUGGGUCUGACGCAGGACCAAGCCGCGUACGCCGCCCACGCGGCAGGCAUCCAGCCCCCGCCGCACGGCGGCGCGGCGCCGCCUCCAUACGCUUCCCGUCCCGGCGCUCCUCCUGGUCCCCCUCCCCAGCAGCAGCAGGGCGGCGGCGGAGCAUUCGGCCUCAUGUCCGGCCUCGCGAAGCAGUACCUCCCCGGCGCGAUCGCCGCCGCGUCGUCGGCGCUGGGCGCGACCGGCGCCGCCCAAGCACAAGGCUACCGCGUGCCGAAUGUGUCCAACCGCUCCUUCUCAGCGGGGAGCGACACGCCGUCCGCGCCCGCUGGUGGCCAGUUCCACGGCGAGACGGACACGAGCGCGCUGCACGCGCACGCGCCGGCCGCACAGCGCAACGUCGCGCCGCCCAGCUCGUCGCGCACGCCGAGCGACGCGAGCCUCGCCUCUGGUUCGGGCUCGGCGGCCAACCUCCGCGCGUCGGGCUACGACGAGAUCCGCCGCGAGGAGGCAGAGGGCGCCACGCCCGACCCGUCGCAGCGCCGCGCGUCUGGGUCCAGCUGGCUCAAGUGGGGUGGGGGUGGCGCCGCGCCGCCCGGUGCCCCCGGUGGCUCGGGCAAGGACAAGGCAGAGUAGCUUGUAGCUAGCGUAUGGAGCGUAUGCAGCGCGGCGUAUACACGGUG